UUCCCAGGACAUCCUUUCCCAACACCUCUAAAACCCCUCUCCCACCCAGAAACUCCAGGCCAUUCUCUUUCCAAUGUCUGGGUCCAAACUUGGCCUGUACUUAAAACACUAGCACUGAAGUCCCUGGGACAGGAGGCCAAGAGAUGGCUUUGAAGCUUGAUCCUGCCCCCAGUGCACCCGCCUCCCAGCCUAGGAAACUACUGUUUGUUUUCCGGGUGCCCUGGGAUACAUGUUAGGCCUUGCCCUCGGUCGUGCUGGUUCUGAGUGGAGCUGGGGCAGCCUCUCUCCUACGAGUUCUGUCCACAGGUGCUGCAAGCCAUAAGCGCCCCCGCCUGCGCCAUGGGCUCAGAAGUCUGGGUCGGCACUUGGCGGCCACAUCGGCCCCGCGGCCCCAUCGCGGCGCUCUACAGAGGCCCGGGGCCCAAAUACAAGCUGCCACCGAACACCGGUUACAAACUGCAUGACCCGUCUCGGCCGCGCGCCCCCGCCUUCACCUUCGGCUCGCGCCUGCCCUUGCAGCACACAACCUGCGGGCCGGGGCCGAGCCAUCUGGUGCCCGCCCGCAUGACCGUGCGCGGCACCGACGGCGCCCCAGCAUUCUCCAUCUAUGGUCGCCUACGCCACACAGCGCCCUUCCUCACUCCGGGACCGGGCAGGUACUUCCCAGAACGCUCGGGAAACGCGACGUACCCCAGCGCUCCCCGGCAUACCAUCGCUCCCCGAAACUGGGGCAUUCUCACGAAGCAACAAACCCCAGGCCCUGGGUCCUACACUGUGCCUUCGCUCUUGGGCCCACGUGUCAUAGGCAAAGUCUCAGCCCCAACUUACUCCAUCUACGGCCGCAGCUCUGUGGGCAGCUGCUUCGAGGACCUCAGCAAGACCCCAGGCCCGUGUGCCUACCACGUUGUGAACCCCGGGGUCUACAAGAACCGAGCCCCGCAGUUCACGAUGCUGCCGCGGACUUCAGUACCCCAAGAAAGCACUCAGAGGCCAGGACCCGCAAGCUACAGCGUGGACGAGCACCGGAAGCCUCGUGGCUGGAGCUUCGGAAUCAGGCACUCAGACUAUCUGGCCCCCAUGAUACCCCGCGUGAACGACUGAUGCCAGCAGGCGCGCACAGGCCCUCGGUUGUUUGCUUAAAGCUUUUCAAGCCAGC